CCGCCGCAGUUCCCGGCGCCACAUGGACCCGGCCGGCCCGAGCGCGCUCCGCCGCUGACCCCAGCGCCCCGACCCGGAGAAGGCAGAAGACUCCUGGCCACACUCGCAUGUGAAUUCCGACCCUCGCAAGAACUGCUGAGGAGACAAAGCCGUCGUCAUGGAGUUUGUGAUGAAGCAGGCCCUGGGAGGGGCCACCAAAGACAUGGGGAAGAUGCUCGGGGGCGACGAGGAGAAGGACCCUGACGCCGCCAAGAAGGAGGAGGAGCGGCAGGAGGCGCUGCGGCAGGAGGAGGAGGAGCGCAAGGCCAAGUAUGCCAAGAUGGAGGCAGAGCGCGAGGCCAUGCGGCAGGGCAUCCGCGACAAGUACGGCAUCAAGAAGAAGGAGGAGCGCGAGGCUGAGGCCCAGGCCGCCAUGGAGGCCAACUCGGAGGGCAGCCUGACGCGGCCCAAGAAGGCCAUCCCGCCGGGCUGCGGGGACGAGCCGGAGGAGGAGGACGAGAGCAUCCUGGACACGGUCAUCAAGUACCUGCCCGGGCCGCUGCAGGACAUGUUCAAGAAGUAAUGCCCGGCGCUGGACGGCAGCCCGCCAAGCCCGGAGCCCCCACCCCCGACCGUCCCCUUCGCCCACCCCCGGACAUGCCCUCCGCGGAGGCCCGCGGAGGCCCCCGAAGGGAUGUCGGGAGCAGAGUGCAGCCCCACAACGCCAAUAUAAGCCAUAGCCCUGUCUAUCAGCCCCAUGCCCCCUCACGCCUUGGGAGCCUCCGCCCCCCUCCCCCCUCCCUGCACUGCCAUCGCCACCGCCACCGGGGGAGGGGCGCCCUCCCCCUCCCCAGGGGCCCCUGCGGUCCGUGCUGGAGGCCCCGGGAACAAGUCCACGUGCUCCUCUGGCCGCGGGUGGGUUGGACCCGCCCCCAGAUCCUGGGUCGCCCCUUCCUCCCGCCCUUCGCCGCUCACUCAGCAGCGCCCGUGGCCAGGGCCACGGAAAGGGCCAGGCCCUCGACCACCCCUCGGUGCGUCGUCCCUGCGUUGGUGGGCGCUUGUCCAGGCCCAAACUCAGGAGCAGAGCCAUACGGGGGGGAGGCGGUCGUGCAGGCAGUGAUGGGGGCUGGGAGGGGCAGCUGGUGCCCAGGGCCCUCCUGGGGCAGGGGUGGGAAGCCCCUCCCACUUAGGAUCAGCCUGGACCCCAACCCCUUCCUCCUGCACUCACACCUGGGUUGCUGGAUCUCGGCAUCAUCCUGUCGGCUAGUUGCCCACUUCUCUCCAUCUGCGCCCCUCACGUUCUUUGUCCGUCUGACUCUGUCCUUUCCUCUCCCACUCCUCUGGAAGGCUUUGCUUCUUAAGAAUGCCGUGGCCCUGUUCUCGUACAAACCAAGGGAAACAAAGCAAUAGGCUUAGGGAGGAAAUUCUCAGAGCCCCCACCCCGCCCCUGUGUGGCGCACACAGAACCCCUCACACACCCGUCUAACUCUCGCUCCCCUCUCUGUCUGGGCCUGGCAGAGCCCGGCCCACUCCCCUCCCUGGGUGGCACCUCCUGUCUUCUCCUCCCUCCGAGGCUGCUCUGGGGGGAUGGCCAGCCCUCUGCCUCUGAACACCCACACCUUCCACGAGAGCUGCGGAGGAUACCUGGAGCUCUUGGGGGCGCGUGCUGUGCCUCCGGAGAGGUGCGUGGAGACAGGAGGCCGGUCCCUGCCCUCCUCCGCCGUCCGCUCCUCGGCAGAGUGCGGCCCCUCGAGCUGGGGUCUUUGGGGUGUCCUUGGCACAGCGGAGGCGGCGUUUGACCAACCACCGUGGGCCGACACAGCCGGGCCUUUGAGCCCUUCCGUUUUCUCCAUCCUUGUUUAAUCUGCAUCACAAUAUGUUGAAUCUCAGGUAAAUGAGGUCUUCUGCAUCGGAAGAGUUUUAUCUUGACGGACAGCCCGUCGCCUCACUCCCCAGGGCCCUUUCUGUCCACAUCAAAAAUUCAUUGUGUCCACGUGUGGCGGGCCAGGGGCGUGGCCCUCCUUGCUCUUUAGAGAAGCCAUAUGAUUAGACCGCAAUACUCACCGCGCCCCUCCCUCCGGAGACGGAGAGCAUGUCCCGCCCGCGCCGCGCCGGUGUCCUGCGCCCCGACCCUCCCGGUUCCACGUCUGCCUGUUUCCACACUUUAAAAAGCCAGCUCUGAGCAGGCAGGGUAUUGUCUUGUAGAAACCCCGCAUAGUUCCCAGGCAGGGGGCGCCGAGCAGCUGAGCUUAGUAGACGUGGGUGUUGUCUGUCCGUCUGUCCCCACGCUGCGCCCCCUCCUGCAUGUUGGAGGCCGCAGCGUUUGUUCCCUCCGGAUGGAAUCACAGCCAAUAAACACCAGUGAUUUCACACCGA